GUUUACGUUUUGUUUUCAUGGGAGAGCGUAUGAGCUCCCCCCUGCCAGUCUUAUUGUUGUCUCCCAACGAUUUGCUCCCAUCAUUUAUCUGGUUUCGCUGGGAAUGAAAAUCUGAAUGUGAAUGGCCAGCCGCCAGUUGUUUCCGCGCUCAGUCAUAAAAGCUACAUCGUAGCAAACGAGCGUGCAUCUCGGAGAUAAUGUUGAUACCUAUUAACCCAUUGGUGCUGUGCAUCCUACCGCUGGUGUUCUUCCUCACCGAGGCGAGAACACGACCCAGUGGUAACGAUCGCAUCGUGUUUCCAAAGGAUGACGACGAUACCAGCUCGAGAUUCACAUACUCGACCACAACGACAACCGAGGAACCCACAGUAGCACUGGAAAGCACAAACACCACAGAACAGAUCACCCUUGGAUCGGAGGAGCUGGCUAAUGAAAACACCACUGUGGUGCCCGUUAUAGACAAUCGAAUAUUGCUGGAGACGACCCAAAAAUGUAAGCCUGGCUUUGAGCUGUUCGCAAAACGAUGCAGAAAGCCGGCGUAAUCUGUAGUCGCUAAGAUUGAUGUUAGCCAAUAAAGUGAUAUUGUAUAGAA